GGCCGGUUGUGGUGUUGGCCACCUACAACCUCGUGUGCAAUUACGCCCUUCAUAGGUGCUCGCUAUCCACACUUGCUCCCACAGUCUAUCGAGGCUUCACGGGGGAGUCUCUGUGCGUGAGCGCGUGUGUUGGUGUCGCAAGAGAGGCCGGGGGGGGGGGGGGUGCGAGUUGCGCUUCAUUUCGUAGGGAGACCCCUCGCUUCCCUGCGCUCGCUCCCGCUCCCAGACAGCCGCCCUCUCCCGUCGCACCAUGGCGAGGCUCGCGUCGUGGCGGAGUCUCCCGGCCGCGCUGCUCCUCGCAUCUCUGGGUCUCGUGGCUCCCCCCGCGACGCUCGGCUUCUUCCUUCGGAAGUGCAUUCAGGACGCCAGGUUCGAGACGUCCGUGGCGUGCGUGGACGCGCGCAUCACGGACGCGCGCGACGCGAUCGCUGACCUCCACGGGAGCCCACGGAGCCUAAACCUGUCCCGCAACGAGAUCGCUCAGCUCACGUCGGGCGGGUUCAAGAAUCUGAGUCGGCUCGUGAACCUGCGGCUCGACAGGAACCGCAUCCGCAGCAUCCAGCCGGGUGCCUUCGAAGGGCUCAAGAGUCUGCUCAGCCUCAACCUCACGGGGAACGACAUCGCGUACCUGGAAGCGGACGCCUUCAAAGGUGCAGAAGGUCUCCUCGAGCUCCUGCUCGCUGGGAACACGCUGAAGGUCGCGCCCGAGCCGUUUCAACUGCUGCGACACCUUGUGAACGUGAGCCUGAUGGAGAACUCCCUCUGCGACUUCUCUCGCGUCGUGGAAGCCGUGUCCGGGCUGCCGAGCCUGCGCUCUCUCGACCUCGACAGGAACAACUUCACCGUGCUCAGCGUGAGUCGGGCGAGCAUCAGGCUCCCCCGGCGCGUCAGGAGCCUUCACAUCGCCGGGUGCGGCGUCCGCAAAAUCGCGCUGCCCGGUGACUUCUUCGCGAACGUCGCUUACCUCGACAUGUCCGGCAACAACCUGACGGACUCAUCGGGCCUGGCGGCACUCAAUCUGAGCAGGGUCGAGGAGGUGUCCUUGGGGGCGAACAAUCUCAGCAGCGGCGCCUUGAAGCAGCUGCGCACUCUGUCUCCCACGACGCUACACAUGACCAGCGCGGGGCUGAGCGGCACAAGGAGUUUGCGCUCGCUUUGCAACUCGACCUUGGGGCGGCGAUUGAGCACCCUCACGCUGCUCUCAAACGACAUACGUGCGUUCACGGACGCCUUCACCUGGUGCCGUGAGCUCGCGAGUCUUGACCUCUCGAGCAACAACCUCAAGUCCAUGGGGAAAUACGAACUGGUCAACGGUUCCAGCAGCCUGCGCGAUCUGACCGUGCAACACAACCACCUCACUUCGCUCGAGUCCUGCUGGAACAGCAACGCAAAUACUCUGCGGUGUGCCAAUCUUUCUCAGCUCGAGACUCUGUCCCUCGCCUACAACAGGAUCACGCAUCUGGACGGACACGCGCUAAUCCACGCCCCGAAUCUGCUCUCUCUUGCCCUUAACUUCAACACGAUCGCGAACAUCAACUUCACGGCCUUCGCAGGCCUCAUCAGGCUUGUGUAUCUCCGUCUGGACAACAACCUCAUCACAGACAUCAGAAAACAAGUAUUCCACGGUCUGGAAAACUUGGAAACCCUCAACAUGAGGAACAAUAAGGUAACCACGAUCUUCCCGCACACCUUCACGUUUCUGAGACAUCUUCAGAUUUUGGAUCUGGGUGGAAACCACAUCUCUUCGUUAAUGCACAAUGCAAUGUCCAGACUGUAUUCUCUGAGGAAUCUCUACCUUGAUAGGAACUUCCUCAGGAUCAUUGAUUCCCAUAUGUUCAAUGGGCUGCACUCGCUGCAUAACCUCGACUUGGUCCGCAACAGCAUUUCAUACAAAUAUCGCCGCCAGAGCAACUCUCCAUUCGUGAACCUCACUAACCUCACCACGCUCAAGCUGAGCGCCCAGCAGCCGUACGGACUGCAGAGCAUCCCCGUAGAUCUCUUCAAGGGUUUGCGAUCGCUCAAGUAUCUUUAUCUGACAGGGAACAAGAUCUCCUUCCACCACACGCUGCCAUUCGACAAACUGGUGAGCCUAAAAUACCUGGGCAUGCAAGACAUGUGCAGUGGCCUGCAGAAUAUAAAUGCGAACAUGUUCCAAAAACUCACGCAGCUCAGGACUCUGGACCUGGGCAACAUUGGCAUCAACUUCCUGAACAAAAAACAGUUCCAGAAUCAGAGCAACAUCCGUGUCCUCUACCUGAGCGCCAACGGAAUGAGGGCCAUGAUCGAGGACGUGAUCGCACCCAUGAAGGAGCUGCGCUACCUGGACGUGACCUCCAACCCCCUGCAGUGCACGUGCGAUAACGCGUGGUUCAAGAUAUGGUCGCGGAGCAGCGACGUGCAGGUGGUCGGCCUCUACGGCGUCUCGUGCUCCGGGGACAACGGCGCGGCGGGCAACUCGUCCCGUCUCUUCGUCGACUUCGACGCCUCCGUGUGCUACGAGAAGUGGGGCAGGGUCAUGUUCGUGCUCACGCUGCCCUUCUUCUCGCUGCUCACGGCGUGCCCGCUCGUGUUCGUGAAGGCGCGCUGGCACAUCCGCUACGGCUACUACAUGUUCCGCGCCUGGUUCCGCGAGUACCGGCGUCGUGACGAGGACGCGCGCGCCUACGACUACGACGCCUUCAUCUCCUACAACUCCCGCGACGAGGACUGGGUCAUGGGCGAGCUGGUGCCGCGGCUGGAGCAGGAGGGGCCCCCGUUCUGCAAGCUGUGCCUGCACCACCGCGACUUCGCACUGGGCAAGUACAUCGUGGACAACAUCGUGGAUGCCAUCUACAGGAGCCGCAAGACCGUCUGCGUGAUCAGCCGCAGCUACCUGGAGAGCGAGUGGUGUUCGUGGGAGAUCCAGAUGGCCGCCUACCGCCUCUUCGACGAGCACAAGGACGUGGUCAUCAUGGUGUUCCUGGAGGACAUCCCCGACUACAAGCUCUCCGCCUACCAUCGCAUGCGCAAGAUCAUCGGCGACAAGACGUACAUCAGCUGGCCCGAGGAUGCCGCCGGGAAGGACCUCUUCUGGGCGAAGCUGCGAGCGGCGAUCAGGGGACCUCUGGCCACGGAGAACCGCCUCGGGUGACGAGACCCCAGGAGAAACCGGGGUGGACCCUGCAGCAGGGAUCGUGUAAAGAAUUGGUGGCGGUGGCGGUGGUAAUUUGUCAUAUCCAAAUUCACUUUCACAUGCAACGUAAAAUAUAUACAAAUUUGAUCAUUGGUCACAUGGUUUCACCCCGUUUACAUUUCAUAAUUUUGAAUGCCUCACCUGACUCAAACGGUUAUCCAACACCCUGGGUCUCCCAUCACCACAUCCCUGGCCUCACUUUACUGGCGUGCGGAAUACGAGAGUUUCUGCCGCUCUCUAAUCCAUCUCAGGCCUUGCCUGACCCAAAUAAAAGUAGCUUUUAUCUUGUAGAUGCACACCUACUCCGUUAUAUUUUAUCCCGCCCCCUUUCGAAAUGAGAUCGAAGCGUCGCCAAUGACGAAACGUACUUUUAAACCACAAUCGGCGUCGUCCUCACAGCACUUGAGUGAUAUUACCCUUGACAGAACAACACACUCGGCACCCAUUCACGGGGCAGACACUAGAGGACUUUGCCCGAGGGUUCUUGACCGCAAUCUUUUAUUUUUAAAAUAUUGUUUUUUUUAAAUAAUCGCUAAGCUUCAAACUCGCAGCCUGGCACACAGCCUAGAUGUGUAGCUCCAAAAGGAGUGCUCUCUUUCUCAUAAGCCUUCCUUUGAGUGUCAAUCUCUCGCACGACAAUAACCACUGGACACGUAACGUAGCGUGUGCCAAUGCAUUAAAUACAGAUUACGAUGCUCAAAAUGCACUCGUAAACGUAUUCUUGCAAGAAUCAAUCAAGGUACAUACUAUUUAUACAAAUUAUUUACUAAUGGUGGGAAAUGUAUGCAUUGAGCGAACACAUGUGUACGUGAUAGGAAGUAACGACAAUGUCACUGUAAUACAGAAUCAUGGCAAUUAAUUGAAUCGCUGUAAAGGUGAAUUGUCAAGUGAUGGCUUAGUAGUGGUUUAAUAAUAAGCACAAAUUACAGUGAGCAUAUACUAUCAUGAAUCAGACGAAUUCUUUGAUCGAGAACUUGGGAGUCGCGGAGUCAGAGCACAACGUCCCUUGUAAGCUAUCCUGAACAGGUCAGAGCCUGGAUAGGUGAGAGUCUGGAAAGGUGUGAGCCUGAACAGGUGUGAGCCUGAGCAGGUGUAAGCCUUAAGAUGUGAGCCUGAACAGGCGAGCCUGAGAAAAUAUGCACCUGAACAGAUGAGCCUGAUUAGGUGUGAGCCUGAACAGGUGAGCUUGAACAGGUAUGAGCCUGAACAGGUGAACCUUAAUCCGAUGUGAACCUCAGCAGAUUAGCAUGAGCAGGUGUGAGCUUGAAGAGGUGAGCCUGGGCAGGUGAGCCGUGAGCUGCUACCUGAAGUGGAUUGUUUUUUGUUUUAAUAUUGUAUUUCUACAUACGUGACUUUACCGAAAAAAACAAUGAGUAAUUCAAAUAACUCGCCCAUGAUACGUCCAGGCGUUUAAUGAUUAACUCUACGUCCUGUACAUCACAGCAGUUACACCAGCAGGUGGCAGUCAUGCCAUUUCUCAUGUUACACAAGAGUUCGGAUAUCCGAUCGUUUAAAUAAUCUACCGAUUAUAGGUUAUAUGACUUGACCAAUCGGAUGAAGACGAAAUUAUUUGCAGUGGACGAAGAAGAAGUCACGUAAUCUGCUUCCACGUGUGCCGCUGGACGGGAGGUGACCGCGUAAAGCGGACGCGGCACGUUGGGCGUGGCUUGUCGGGGGUUUCCCUCCUUCGGGGAGGCGGGAUGUUGGGGUGGCCACUGUUUUUCAGAUAAUUGACCACGAAACAGAGUCGCAUUUUUAUCUGCAAUCGGUGAAUAGUCUCAAUUGACGCCAAUAGUCCCUGUUCUAAUCCCGUGUAG